AUGUCCGAGCAGACCUUCCACACUACUCGCCAGGACCUGCGCAAGGCCGAGUCUCGCAUCGCCCAGCAGCAUGGCGGUAACACCCCUUCCGACUCCAACCUCUCUCAGAUGAAGUCCAUAAUCGACCAGAACACCGACAAGUCUAAGCAAAUCGACGAGGCCAAGGCCAGCCUGCCUCUGCCUGAUCAGCCUCCCGUCGCCAGUGAUUGGAACUCUUCCGACCAGCGAACUGUCAACGUUGGCUCUGGUGGUAUCGAGGGCCCCAUCUCUGGUGACAACGACACCGCUCUUCGUGGCCCCGCCACUGCAGGAAGCAGUGCUCGCAUAGAUGGCGCUGAGCUCCACAAGUCCACCGCACCUGGUGACAAGGUUGGCCGUCAGCGUGUUGAGGGUCUGGAGAACCUGCCCUCGGAUGCUACUGCUCGUUAG